CACUCACUUUUCUCACCCAGAUUCAAAUGAUUAGCAAAGAACCAUAUGAUGCAAACAGUUUUGCUCUUUGCAAGCCAUCUGUGUUUCCCAGUGUGCUGCAAACCACACCAUUGCUUCCUCUUUACCUUUGUAGCGAGAGCACAGCGUUUGUCACUCAGUGUCUGAGCAACUUCAGUGACACCACGAGGAAAGGUCUGUACUGGGCCAAAUGGCACACAUCCCACAUGUGGCAUCUUUCUUUCUCUUUCUGACUAAGCUCAGCCUUGGCCAGAGGGAGGUAACCAUCCAGAAAGGACCACUGUUUCGGGUCGCGGGCUACCCUGUCAGCAUUGGCUGCAAUGUCACGGGCUACCAGGGACCUGCUGAGCAGAAUUUCCAGUGGUCUGUUUACCUGCCUAAAACCCCAAAACAAGAAAUCCAGAUCGUGAGCACCAAGGAUGCUAGCUUCUCUUAUGUGGUGUACGCACAGCGAGUGCGAAGCGGGGAGAUCUAUGUGGAGAGGAUCCGGGGCAACUCAGUCUUCUUGCACAUCUCAGAGCCCCAGCUGAAGGAUUCUGGCGAGUAUGAGUGUCACACACCGAACACGGAUGAAAGAUACUAUGGCAAUUACAGCGCGAAGACUAGGCUAAUUGUUAUUCCAGAUACCCUCUCUGCCACCAUGAGUUCCCAGACUCUCAGUAAGGAGGAGGGUGAAUCAUUAGAACUGACCUGCGAAGCAGCCAAAGCCACAGCUCAGCACACUCACCUCUCUGUCACCUGGUACCUGAUGCAGGACGGAGAAAGAAACCAAAUCACCGAGAUUAUUUCCCUCUCCAAAGAUUUCUUGUUGAUCCCUGGGCCCUCGUAUACAGAGAGGUUUGCGGCUGGUGACGUCCAGCUCGGCAAGCUUGGGUUCGCCACCUUCAGGCUGUCCAUAGGGAGCCUCCAGCCCUCAGAUCAAGGCCAGCUGUUCUGUGAGGCCACCGAAUGGAUUCAGGAUCCAGAUGAAACCUGGACUUCAAUCGCGAGGAAGCGGACAGCUCAAACUGCUCUGAGGAUCCAACCCAUAGUGAGAGAUUUUCACAUCGACAUUUCAGCUGAAAGCACGUGGACUGCAGGGAAUUCCUUGGAACUGGUCUGCCUGGUUGUAGGUGGUGGCCGGGACCCAUGGCUUCAGGGCAUUUGGUUCUUCAACGGUAAUGAGAUGGCCCGCAUGGACGCUGGGGGUGUUCUGGACCUGAAAGGAGACUACAGAGAGAGAGCAAGUCAAGGACAGCUCCAGGUUUCAAAGUUAAGCUCCAAAGCUUUCUCUCUCAAGAUCUUCUCCGUGGGCCCCGAGGACGAAGGCACCUACAGCUGCGCCGUGGCAGAGGUGGCGAGAGCUCCGAUGGGCUCCUGGCAGGUGCUUCAGAGCAAGCAGUCCCCAGACAGCCAUGUGCAUCUGAGGAAGCCAGCAGCAAGAAAUGUGGUCUUAUCCACCAAGAACAAGCAGGAAGCCAUGUGGGAAGGAGAGGCAUUAACGCUUCUCUGCAAGGCAGAUGGGGCUGUGGGUCUCCUGUCCGUGGAAUGGUGGCGCCUCCCACAAGGCCAGGUGCAGCCGGAGUUGGUGGCCAGUAUGCAACAAGAUGGUGCCGUGCAGCUGGCGGCCUCCUACAAGCAACUCAACAACCGGGGCCCCACGAGGCUGGAGAAAAUGGACUGGGCCACCUUCCAGCUGGAGAUCAGCCCCACCAGCACCACAGAUAGCGGUGUGUACGAGUGCCGAGUGUCUGAGGGCACCCAGAACCACGCCAGAGGUCGGAGCUGGACUCAGAAGUUGGCAGUCACUGUCAAGUCUCUGGAGUUGAGUUUACGGGUUAAGCUGAUGAGCCGUCAGCCCAAAGCGGAAUUAGGCAAGAACUUUGGCUUGUCCUGCGUAGUGGAGGCUGACUACGCCAACCUCAGGGUGCCACUCACUGUGACGUGGCUGUUCCAGCCAGCAAGAUCUCAAGUCUUUCACCUACUUGUUCGAAUCACCCAUAAUGGCACUAUUGAGUGGGGGGAAGACCUACUUCAGUUCCAAAAGAAGACAAAAGUUCUCCAGUCCUCGUUUCAUUCUCAACUCUUAAUCCAUGAUGCCACUGAGGAAGAAGCAGGAGUUUAUCAGUGUAAAGUAGAAGUUUAUGUCAGAAAUUCCCUAUGCACAAGUGGCCCCGCAAGGGCUUCUGCCAUCUCUCACUCACUGAUGAUAGCCGUCGCUUUACCAGCUAAGGGUAGAACCAAGACCAGUGAGUGGAAGAGAGCAGCUGCAAGGAACUCAAGCAGUCAAGUCCGAGAGAUCCUCAUCAACUCCAACACCAACAUAGAAUGUAGCAUCUUGUCCCAGUCCACUGGAGAUCUUCAGUUAGCCGUCAUUUGGUACUUCUUUCCCAGUUCCACUAACGCAAUCUGGCUGAGGAUCCUGCAAAUGGACCAAACCAAUGUUGUAAAAUAUGGGGAUGAAUUUCACACCCCAAGGAGAAAACAAAAAUUCUACCCCAAGAAAGUUUCCCAAGACUUGUUUCAGCUACACAUUUUGAAUGUGGAAGACAGCGAUCAGGGCAAGUACCACUGCACUGUGGAGGAAUGGCUCUUGUCUACAAAUGGCACUUGGCAUAAGCUUGGAGAAAAGAAGUCGGGUCUGACAGAAUUGAAACUCAGGCCCACAGGAAGUAAAGUACGUGUGUCCAAAGAGUACAGGACAGAGAAUGCUACCGAGCACGGCCAGGUGGCCAUCCGCUGCAGCCUGGAGAGUCCUGGCAGCUCAGCUUCCCUGUUCUCUGUGAUGUGGUACCGGAACAGGGAAAAUUCUGGAACGAAAAUGCUGGUACACCUGCAGCAUGAUGGCUUGCUGGAGUAUGGCGAAGAGGAGCUCAGGAGGCCUCUGUUCUGUUACCGUUCAUCCUCUACAGACUUUGUCCUGCAGCUUCAUCGGGUAGAGAUGGAGGAUGCUGGGCUCUACUGGUGCAGAGUGGCCGAGUGGCAGCUGCAUGGCAACCCAAGCAAGUGGGUCAAGCAAGCCUCAGACGAGUCACAGCUUAUGGUGCUCACGGUGCUGCCUUCAGAGCCCACACUUCCUUCCAGGAUCUGCUCAUCGACAUCUUUACUCUAUUUCCUGUUGGCCUUCCCCUGCAUUCUGUUGAUUCUUCUGCUUAUUUCUCUCUUCUGCUACUGCCACAAGGCCAGGAAGUUGUCAGCAAUGAGUCUAAAAGCACAGAAAGAAAAGUCUCUUUGGAUGGACUUGAAAGGGACUGGAGACUGGACAAUAAACCAGAGGUACGAGGAAGAGGAAGACCAUUGAAUCCGGAGAGCUUCCAUCAGCCCCCGGGAAAGUGCGGGCUUUGGAAUUGAACUGAGCCACUUGUGAAUGUGAAUGAAUCCGGGUUGGGUCCUUCUUGGUGUCCAUGGCCUUGGGCAAGUUACCUAGGAAUCAUAGGGAAUGUUUAUUGAGCGUGUUUGUGGGACCCACACCAUGAAGUGUUUCUUUGCGUGUUGCCCUCAUCUACCCCUUGUAUCCUCCCAGGAGCUAGACGAUUUACCUUGUUUUUCACUGGCCAUACCUCACAGAGGUUCAGGGUCCCUGUCUGUAAGGAGAGAACCUCCCUCUCACAGCCUCCUGGGUAUUUGGUGAGAUCCUACAGCAAAGCCUGGGUGAGAAUACCCUCUACUUUUCCCUCCCGUAUGUCACUGACUCCCAGGAGAGCACUCCGAGUGGUCCAGUCACGCUGGCCCUUGGGCAUCCUUUGCCCCCAGAUUACAGGUGUAGGAAGGGCCUUGAUGUCAGCAAGGCAAAAGGGUAUUAGGGAUGUGCCCUUCAUUCAUAUCUCAUCUGUCUUGCAAGGUGAGUGUGACUUCCCUCAAAGCAGAACGCCCAUCGUUCCCUCAUCCCAUCUAUGAAUGCUUUGCAAGAACAAGCUCUGUGUAGAGGGUCCCUGAUCAAUAUUGGUCUUUCCAUGAAGCUGUAAAGCAUCUUGUAGUCUGAAUUUCUAUUUUCUUCCCUUCCUUUCCUUUCCUAACCUAUCCUAUCUUUUCUUUCUUCUUUCUUCCUUUCCUUCCUCCUCCUCCCCCUUCCUCUUUUUCUUUUCUUUUCUCUUCUCUUCUUUGCUCUUCCUUCCUUCCUUUCUUUCUCUGUCUCUCUCUCCCUUUCUUUCUUUCUUUCUUGUCUAUUAGCAUUAGGUCAUUGCUAAGAGAAAACUUUUUUUUUUUUUUUUUUAAGUAAGAGUCGUCUGAUCAGCCCCUAAGGCCUCAUACCUCCCCUUCCUCCCCACACUAAAAGAUCCAUCUGGGUCCUGGCUCUGAGCCAAGGCCUUAUUUUCUGUGACCAGACAGCAUUAGUAGUAGCUCAGGGCAUUGUGGUAGUUAUCGAUGGAGGAGGAGGAACAGUGCCCCUGCCCUGUCCUCCCCCAGCAGCGGCUAAGAGCUCGUGGGAAGCAGUGGGUCAAGUCUGGUUCCUCAGGGGUCACCUAUUCUCAGCCAGGAAUAGUCGAGGGUAGGGUGAGGUGUGGUUCGGGAGUGUCCUGGCUUAAGGUUUUCAACAUUGGCCCUCAGGAUACAACAACGGUUCCCACUGGGCCUGAGGUCUCCUCACCUUUGUUUCAGAAGCCGUUCUGGGCCUGUUGGAGCCAGAAUUGGAAAUCAAUCAGUGUGGCGUAACAGACUUGAGAAAACCCAUCUAUUUAUUAUCUAUAUGACCAACAGGGUUGCUUAACACUCGCUAAUUUGCAUUUCUAAGGAGAGCAUUUAUUUUAAUUAUUUUAUCAAGCACACGUCUUCUCCAAACAUAAUUAGUUCCUUUGCAAGGGGAGCAUCGGAGGCUAUGAGAACUCCCAGUGUAGACCUCUAUGUCCCUUCUGUUCAUCUCCCUUUAUAGGCUCAUUUAAAAUAUCCCAAGUGUAUCCUUAAAUGUGUCAAUGCAUUUGUCUCUUUUCUCAAAGGGAGGGUGGCAUAUUUUUCAGAAAACAAAGCUAAAGGUAAGACUUCUUAGAAAGUGUGAUGCCCCUUGUCCCCCCCGCCCCAGAAAUUUUAAUUGGGAUUUUGAAGGAAAAGGGAGCAGAAUCGAACCCCAUCAGAUAAUGAGAACGGAUUCUAGUGCUGCCCUCUGCCUGGGGUCCUCUCUCCCCUGACUCCUUCCCUCUCCUCUCACCUGGGUCCAGCCUUUCGGCUCAGAGCUCACCGGCCGUUUCUUCACCUUUGGAUCCAGCCCGGACAAGGCACAGAGCAGACUCGCAGAUGACCAACUGCGCCGCCCAGAGCCAAGCUUGGGACCGCUUAUUCCCCAGGGAGCACCUCCUUGUGCCUGGCCUGGGAUAGGUGUGAGGAAUCCAGCGGGGAUGCAGCCAGACACAGCUCUAGUCCCCUGGGAUCAUCACCUUGUCUCUCCCGGAUCCUGUGCCUUCAUACAGCACGCCACAUGUUCUCAGAAGCCACGUUGCGCUCUUUGGCCCAUCAUGAAUUUUUAGGCAACUAAACCCCAAAGUCGUCUUUUCUCUUUUCCAAACCGAUUAAAAUUUGUGUUCACCCAAAUCAAUCGGCGUUUUACGCGAAACCUCUUCUCUUUCCAAUGAGGUGCCGUUGGAA